GAACCUUCCCAGCACAGCACGAGGAGAUGGAGGCGUCGCUCAUGGCCAAGUCGGCGGGACCGUCCGCCAGCGGCGACCCGUACUACGUCUUCAAGGAAGACCUCGAGAGCAAGGUAUCAUCAAUCCACCAAAAGUACAAGCGCUGGAAGCACCUCCUGGACGCCCGCGAUGCGUCACCGACCAAGGACUUUGGCAAGCUCACCGACGAGCUGACCAAGGAGCUGGCGACGGCCGAACGGUCGCUGGGCUUUCUCGAGCAGAGCAUCCGCGCGAUCGAGGCCGACCGCACCAAGUACGCCCACAUUGAUCGCGUCCAAGUGUCGAGUCGAAAGAGCUUCGUCUCGGACACGCGCCAGGACUUGAUGGCCAUGACGGCGGCGCUGACCUCGGACGCGGCCAAAAGCAAGGUUCGCCGCGACGAGCGCAAGAUGCUCGCGCCAUUGACGCCGGCGCCCAUCGACCGCAACUCGAUCCUUGCCGACGAAAAGCAGCACCAACAGCAGAUCAUCAAGGAGCAAGACAAGGACCUCGACGAGCUCCACACGUCGGUUAACCGGCUCGGUCAAGUCGCGGUGACCAUCAACUCGGAGAUCAAGUCACAGAACGAGAUGCUCAAGGACGUGGACGCCGACUUGGAUGACACGACCGAGCGCAUGAAUUUUGUCAUGGCCAAAAUGAGUCGGCUCCUGAAAACCAAAGACACGUGCCAGCUCGGCGGUAUCAUCUUUCUCACGAUCGUGCUUCUAGUCAUGGUGUUCCUUGUCAUUUAUACAUAAAUCUGUGCGCCCCUC